GACCCAAGAUUCGCCUGAAAAAAAAUUGAUGACGGCGUACGAAGGUGAUGUUUUGGAGUAUGUGCCCUGUGUUCGUGAAGUCCAAAAUUCCUGUCCAGUAUUACAAUCUGAAAAGUUUGUUCAUUCCAAGUGAAAUACAUGAGUGAAAUUGUGUGUCAGGAAAUGAAUGAGUGAUCAACCGUUUUGAGUUUCUCGCGAAAGUUAGCCUUUUUCUGCAUUCUCUAGACCACCUACUUAGUCCACCUGAGGAAUGUUUAAAUUAUGCCCACAUCUUUUUUAAGCAUUUUCUUUAACCUCAAACUCUUCGAAAAUGCACGUUUUAUUACACUGAUGGAGUAGUUAAAAAUAUUACAGCUUGAAAGCUAUGUCUCACCUCCCUGGUUAAUCGUUGAAAAUCAAGUGCGCAAGGACCCCAAUCAUGAGCCCCGAGUGUAGCUAUUCAUUCUAGCCUUUAUAUCCUUGGCUUCAAUCUUCAGAGCCAACACUUCAAAACAGGAUUCACGUAAUGGCCUUUAAACAGAGAGUGGAUCCUGAAUUGAUCUUCACAAAACAAGAGCGCAUUGGAAAAGGGUCAUUUGGUGAAGUAUUCAAAGGCAUUGAUAACCGAACGCAGCAAGUAGUUGCCAUCAAAAUAAUAGACCUAGAAGAAGCUGAAGAUGAGAUUGAAGAUAUUCAACAAGAAAUUAUGGUUCUCUCUCAGUGUGACAGUCCAUUUGUUACCAAAUAUUAUGGCUCCUACUUGAAGGGUUCAAAGCUAUGGAUCAUCAUGGAAUAUUUGGGUGGGGGGUCUGCUUUAGACUUAAUGAAUGCUGGCAAUUUCGAAGAAAUGCACAUAGCCAUCAUAUUGCGAGAACUGCUGAAAGGCUUGGACUACUUGCAUAGCGAAAGAAAGCUCCAUCGAGACAUCAAAGCUGCCAAUGUCCUGUUAAGUGAGAUGGGUGAUGUCAAGUUAGCUGACUUCGGUGUCGCUGGGCAGUUGACGAAUACAACCAGCAAGCGGAGCACUUUUGUGGGUACUCCAUUUUGGAUGGCACCAGAAGUUAUCAAACAAUCCGCUUAUGAUUCCAAGGCUGACAUCUGGUCAUUAGGUAUUACAGCUAUAGAACUUGCUAAAGGAGAACCACCCAACUCUGAACUGCAUCCGAUGCGAGUUUUAUUUUUAAUUCCCAAAAACAACCCCCCGCAGCUUACUGGCAGCUAUUCUAAACAAUUCAAGGAGUUUGUCGAGGCUUGCCUCAAUAAAGAUCCUGAAAAUAGACCCACAGCUAAGGAAUUGCUAAAAUUCACUUUUAUUCGCAAAGCGAAGAAAAACUCAUUUUUAAUUGAUUUAAUCGACCGGUAUAAGAAAUGGAAAUCACAGCGCAGUGAAGGAAGUGAAACAGAAUCAGAAAAUUCAGACAUGGAGGAUUCCGGAAAGGCUGAUAAUGAUGUGGAUGAGCCAUGGAUAAUGACUGUAAAGGGCCCACGCUCUGCCAAAUCCCCACCAGGAGAAAGUCACAAUGGCUCAUGUUAUACGUGUACAAAACCGAAGUUGCUUUAUGUGAAGGACCGUGAGUCAUCAAGUCUCAACAGGUCUCCUAAAAUAGGUGUACCUCCUCCUGGAGAAAAUUCUAGUGAAUCAAGCCUUACAACUUCUUCACCGUGCCUAUCUUACCUUAUUUAUCCUUUAAUUUCCAAACUCCAAAGAUUACCACAGUAUUCUAACUCUGGCCAAGAAGCGUCCCACAAAACAGAUGCCAUCGAAGAAUUAAAAAACGCAUUCGAAGUCGCCGAUCGAUCAUGCCCUUUCACUUCCGUAUUCAUUGUCUCGGACAUGAUCCGCAAACUGCUGCCAUCCAUGCCUGAAAAUAGGUUGCAUGCUGUUGUCGAUAGACUAACGAGUGAUCCUUCCGCAAAGUCUGAUUAUAUCGCAGCUCUCAAUUCAUCGCAGUCAAAAUAAACCACUCAUUUAUUUAUUUUUUCUCCAAAGUGGCAUUCCAAUUCGGUAAAAUUACCAGAGGUAUUAAUUUGCCUGUAAAUCGUUUUGUUUUGUUUUAAAAAUAUACUAGUAGAAAAAUCAAUUACUGCUCGACAAAAUUCCUCUAGUAGGAAUUAAAUCUUCUAGCUGAAUCAAAUCAUUGUUGUUAGAGAGUAUACAUUUUCAUCAUUUGAAAUUAUCUUGAAUCAGCUGUGCUUUAAUCCUUUUUGCCCUAUUCAUCAGCCGCAUAAUUAGAUUCCCUUCCGUUUUAAGGUUACAAGGUUGCCAUGUUCUAUGAUUAAAUGUGAAUUUUUUACAUAGGUUGAAGUUGGUAAAGUGCUGAUUUUUAGCACUAUGUGGCAACCACGCAAGCCGCCAAAGGUGAUAAAGAGCUGAAAGAAAAUUUUGGUGGCCGGGUUCUAAUUUAGUAGCCCAUGUUUGCCUGUGGCGACUUUUCCGAUUUUAGGGAGGAGGGUGUAAUUCGUUUUUCUUUAUUAAUUCUUUAUGCUGUUCUGUUAUACUUGUGUUUAUAUGAUUCAUUUUAAAACUGUUGUAAAAAAACAAAAAAACGUUAAAAAGAUAAAUGUAAAGAGAAGAUACAUAAGAGUAUUUUUCUAGGUCAAAAAGAGAGGUACACCGCCUUGUACAUCUAGUUUGUUAUAACUGACUUUAAUAAUUUUGUUGAAAAAAAGUGUAAUAAUUUUAUUUUGUUUUAUUCAGUAUCAGCAACUUGGAGCUUAGAAUAUUUCAAUUUCCCAUAUAUUUUUCCUAAGUAUAGACUUUUAAUAUUAUUAUAUUUUUUUUAGCGAUUCCAUUACCUAUCUCUAUCAAUUUUCUUGUCCUCUUCCUAAUUUCCAAAUUCCCAAACCUGUAUCUUCAUUCAGGGUUGCCAUGGUCAGAGAAAACAGGGAAUUUUGAAAAGUUAGGGAAAACCUAGUAAUGCCAGGGAAAUUGACAAAAGUGUCAGGGAAAAAUUGUUGAGUCGCCUCUGUAUGCUUUCUAGAAAAGGCUUGACGUUUCAAAGAACAGAUUUUGUGUCAAAACUAUUGCAAAUUAUGUAUUUUUAACCAUUGGGCAUACCUUCAAUUUUAAAGGAAUUUUACCAAAAUGUGACACUGAAAUCAGAGGCAUGUCAGGAACUUUGAUUUUCUAAAUUCUGUGGCAAUCCUGUUUUCAUUAUUCACUCAUGUAUCAUUGUAACUAGAGGAUGUUGUCUGAUCUUAGCAGCAUUUUAAUUCACAAGAUUUCAAAAGUUCUCCGCUGCCUUCAAUCUGCUUCCUUUGUUUUGGUUGCUUGUAAAAAUGUAGUAUUUAAUCAAAUUAAUCAAAACAAUCCGUAAACAAUUAAACAAGACAAAAAACUGUAUUUAAAGUUUCAGAAUACUUAAAAAUAAAUUUAACCUGUAAAAAUUAGAUUAAAUUAAACAAAUAAAAGUCUUACUCAAACCUCCA